CCCUUGGUUCAUAAGUGGGUCAAACCUAGGCCCAUACAAUUCGAAACACUACAAAAUCCGAAACCCUAUAUUUUGUAACUGAGUUAUUGAGAACAAACCUUCUUUCUUCCACAUCUUCGCUGCGGCUGGUACCUCAUCAACUCCAAAACCCUAAUGGCACCGAAGAAGGCAGCACCACCACCGUCAUCAAAGCCAGCGAAAUCAGGAGGAGGAAAGCAAAAGAAGAAGAAAUGGAGCAAAGGUAAACAAAAGGAAAAGGUUAACAACAUGGUCUUGUUUGAUCAAGGUACCUAUGAUAAGCUUCUCACUGAAGCUCCCAAAUACAAACUCAUCACUCCUUCAGUCCUCUCCGAUCGUCUCAGGAUUAAUGGAUCUUUGGCACGUCGUGCAAUCAGAGAUUUGAUGGCAAGAGGAUUGAUUAGGUUGGUGUCUGCUCAUUCUAGUCAGCAGAUUUACACUAGAGCCACUAAUACAUAGACGGUUUUGAGGUGUUUUUAAUUUUGCAGAUUGUGUUUAGGGACAACAUUAUUAUGAUGAUGUGUUUGGUUUUGAUGUUUUUGUUAUUUUGAUGAAGACAGUUGUUGAAAUUUUGUUUUUAAUUAAUCAUGACGAGUUAAAUUUGUGCUUUGAUGAAUGCAGUUAUGUUUACAUUA